CAGGCGACAACACAACGAGAUAAGGUUCUUGGGACAGUCCUCGUUCGAACCAGACUUAAAUAAAGAUGGAAAAGCUAAUUUUGUUGAUGCUUCUCCUAGGAGUCGCUGCCGCACAAACUAUCCGGACCACAACAAUUGGAGGAUACAUCCGCUUCUACUACGACCAUACCGUGCACUAUUUGGUUGCGGUGACCGAUUCCAAAUGUUACAUUUCACCGCUGACCUAUGCUGAAGCUGAUCACGUGCACACGUCUGGUGGUCUCGAAGAUAUAGAGUUGCUGAUGAUGCGCGAAUGGAUGGGAACUCUACCAGAACAACAGGUUUACCAUAAUGACGUGAAACUACCGCCUCUGAUUGCCCAGUGGUGUAACCACAAGGACAUGAUGUUCCUCUUAAGGCCAGACUUCAACGCGUUGUCUACUACCCCUGGUUCCCCACUCGGUGGACGUUGAUUUCAAAUGGCAUUGAUUGUAUUAAAAAAUACUGUCAGUUAUGACAGUCAGCAAAAUAACAGAAAAUAGAA